AGGCCAACUUUCCUUCUUCCACCCUCCAACUCCAAGCUCCCAAGUUUCGCAGUCUGUCACGCAGAGAACUUCUCUUGUUUCUGCCCACCAACUGUUUGUCUAUAUUACUCAAACAAUACCCGUUAGAAAAUAGCUUAGACAUCAAAAAGCAAACGAGCCGGUCACCAUGGAUUCGCUCUCUUCGGUCUCUCCCUCCUUAGUUCUACCCCCUAGUAACGCUCUUCGACCACGGAGGCGACAUCUCGCUCUCUUUUCUCGUGGUUUAAGCAAUCGCAGUCCGCGUCUCUGUUCUAUGUUCCACCUUCCGUGCUCUCCAGAGCCUUCCAAGAGGAGAUGGAGAGCUUCUUGUAAAUUGGACGGCGGUGGGGCUGCAGAGGAGGACGGUGACGCUGGAAGUGAGGAUGUGGAGAGGGCGCUUCAUUUAGACGGGAAUAUUCCGGGCACUUCGGACGAGUUCGUGAAGAGGGUUUCCUCCCGUGCCUACGAUAUGCGUCGACGACUGCAGCAGUCAUUUGAUAGCAGUAGCUAUGAUGUGUUGGAAGCUAACCCAUGGAGAGAAACUUCCAAGCCUGUAUAUGUACUAACCCAGCAGGAAAACCAGCUCUGUACAAUGAAAACCCGAAGAAAUCGCAGUGAAGUAGAAAGGGAGCUUGGAUUAUUGUUUUCUAAAGGAGGAAAAUGGAAGUCAGGAAUUGGAAAUCAGGCUAAACAAUCAAGAAGUGGAUCAAAGUUUCAGAUGCUCGUGGAGGAUAUUAGGGAGGGCGUGCUAAUUUUUGAAGAUGAGACUGAAGCUGUAAGAUAUUGCGACCUAUUGCAAGGAGGAGGUCAAGGUUGUGAAGGGGUUGCAGAGAUAGAAGCUUCAUCAGUAUUUGAUCUUUGCCAGAAAAUGAGAGCUCUUGCAGUUUUGUUUCGUAGAGGGAGGACACCUCCUUUACCACAAAGCCUUGAGCUAAAUCUGAAAGCCCGCAAGCGAUCCCUAGAAGACCAAGAGGAUUUGAUAUGAAGCUCUUAAAGGUUGAAAUUGCUAAAAAAUGUAUGAGAAAUCAUGCUAUUCAAGGAGAAGGCUAUAAAAUAGAUACUUGCAUAUCUGUAAUAUGUAUAAACUCAUUCAUGAAUUAUGUAACCCAAAGAAAAUAGAAUAUACCUGAUUACGUCCAA